GCCGGCUCUAGGAUUCUAGUCGGCCGGCGGUCGUUGAAGUGGCGCGUCGGCUCUGCGGAGUGGCGGGGGCGGCAAUGGAGCGUGUCCCGCCCUCCGAGGCUCCGGCGGUCUCCUUGUUCAAAGAUGGGCUAUUCCAGUUCCCAAAGGCGCCGGUGAAAAAGCAAGCGGUAAAGCGGCACUACCACAAGCAUAACCUGCGGCACCGCUACGAGUUCCUGGAGACGUUGGGCAAAGGCACCUACGGCAAAGUGAAGAAGGCGAGGGAGCGAUCCGGCAAGCUGGUUGCUAUCAAGUCCAUCCGGAAAGAUAAAAUCAAGGAUGAGCAAGAUCUUCUCCAUAUCCGAAGGGAAAUUGAAAUCAUGUCUUCUCUCAAUCAUCCCCACAUCAUUGCUGUUCAUGAAGUAUUUGAAAAUAGUAGCAAGAUUGUCAUUGUGAUGGAAUAUGCCAGCAAAGGAGAUCUGUAUGAUUACAUUAGUGAACGCCAGAGAUUGACGGAGCAGGAAGCUCGGCACUUCUUCAGGCAAGUGGUGUCGGCAAUCUAUUAUUGUCAUAAGAAUGGAAUUGUUCAUAGAGAUCUGAAGUUAGAAAAUAUUCUUUUGGAUGCAAACGGAAACAUUAAGAUUGCAGAUUUUGGCCUUUCCAAUGUUUUCCAACAAGAUAGGCUUCUUCAAACCUUCUGUGGCAGUCCCCUCUAUGCAUCUCCUGAGAUAGUUAACGGAAGGCCUUACAAAGGACCUGAGGUUGACAGCUGGUCUCUUGGUGUUCUUCUCUAUAUUUUGAUCCAUGGCACAAUGCCAUUUGAUAGCCAUGAUUACAAGACACUGGUAAAACAGAUUACAAGAGGAGAUUACAAAGAGCCCACCAAACUUUCAGAUGCCUGUGGCUUGAUCCGGUGGAUGCUAAUGGUGAAUCCAGAACGCCGAGCUACCAUUGAGGACAUAGCCAGCCAUUGGUGGAUCAACUGGGGUUACAAAGUGCCAGUUGGGGAACAGGAGUCUUUGCGAGAGGAUGAAUCUCCAUUGGCUACUGUUGCAGAUUGGCUUCGUCGCUCCUCCAGGCCUCUGUUUGAAAAUGGGUCCAAGAUGCGCUGCUUUUUUAAACAGCACAUCCCUGGUGUCACGUUGGAGAAGCAGCGUUCACUCAAGAAGUCAAAAAAGGAGAAUGACGUGUCUCAUGCUGUGCAAGAAACAGGCCUGGCACCAGAGAACCAAUCCAAAUCAAUCCUAAAGAGACCUAAAGGCAUAUUGAAAAAGAGAAACUCUUGUGAGAAGUCCCAGGGUCCUUCUUCAACUGUGGUAGCUCCUCUUGAUACACAAAAAGAAGACAAUACUAGACCUACAGUUGAGUUAGCUUGUGUCCUAUCCUCCAGAUCCUUGGCCUGCCAUACAGAGGAUGUAGUAGCUGUCCUACCAGUGCCCAAGAAAGGAAUUCUGAAAAAGCCACCAAAAAGAGAGUCUGGUUAUUACUCAUCUUCAGAGCGUAGUGAAUUUGCAGAUGUUUUAGACUCUGAAAACAUAGACCUUAAUGCCAGUGUCUUUGUGGGCACACCCUCCUCCACUCACAACUCCAGUGAUAAUCAGGCCAGGCGGAAAGGUAUUUUGAAACAUAAUGGCAAGUAUUCCUCCAGCAGCACCGAGUCUGACGGUGUGCCCGACAAAGUCCUCCCAACGUUCCCUGAGGUGAUCUUGCCCAAGCUGCCCUUCGCCUCUCGCAUUUGCCCAUCCAGCGCUGUGAGUGAGGACAGCAUCCUUUCCACGGAGUCCUUUGACCAGCUUGAUUUGCCUGAUCGAAUGCCAGGAAGUGGAGGGGUCUCCAUGCGUGGCUCUGUCUCUGCAGAUGACCUCUUGCAGCUGGAGGAGGGAGAUGUGGAAACCAAGGGUCGCCGACUCCGACGCUGGACAGUGACUCAGUGCCAAAAACCCCUUGCAGACAGUUGUUUCUCUCUGGCAGACUGUGAUAAUGUUACCGAAGUCUACAAACGGGCUGUGACUAUCAGCAUGAAACUAAGCUGAUGCACUCAUUGCCAACAAGGACCAGUGACACACGUUUGCUAAUAGUGGCAAACAUGUUUUACAGCCCAGAUUCUGGCAUUCUCCAAACAAUUUGCACUUCCCAUUCAGAUGGAUAAAGAACUAAAGAAGCAGAGUCUUUGUCUUCACCCUGACAGGGCUGGGAGGCUAUUUAUUUUUACAUAUUCCUUGUUUCUUUGAGAAUGUAAAAGAGCAUUUACAUUCUUAACAUUGCCUGUAAAAUGGUACAACAGGGUAUGGCUGUGUGUUUGGAGAGAGAGAAAAAACAUGUUGAUAGAAGGGCAUUGGCUGGGGGGGGGGGAGUAAAAGUGUGAUGGGCCUGGAGUACUGGGGGGGGGGGGGGUCAGGGUGGGAGAGAAUGAGAAAGCAUCUGUUCUGUAUAGAGUAAUGGAUUAAAAGGGAUGCCCUUUUUCUUCUCCCAACACCAUCAACAAAGAAAUACUGAACUGGAAUCAUGGGUAACUCAUUCCAUCAGAUUCUCCCGAACAGCUUUGAUCUCUCCAAACAGACCCUGAUUAUCAUCUCUAAUCUUAGUGACUGGAGUGAUGAUUUUAUUUGCACUGUGUUUCUUUAAUUGCACAAAGAAGAGAAUGUGUUAAAAAUGCCUCUGAAGGGAAAAAGAUUAAAACAAGGUACUUGGAAAGGUACACUAAAGUUCUGGUUCAUUGGAGGGUAUCUGCAUUAUUUAGUAUUAUUUAGAAUUCCAAUUAUCCCAAUAUACUUGGAUUGAAAAGGCAGAGAAAACUGGGCUCACUAAAAAGAUUCAGUUAAGCAGCAAAAUAGUUGAUAAAAUUUAGAACAUCCCCACCCCCAUGGGCUUCCUUCUGUUAGACUACAAUUCCCAUAAUCUUCAAUCGAUAUAGGCAUGCUGCCUGAGAUAAAUAGAAGUGAAGGCCCAACAGAUAUGGAGGGAAUCAUGCAGGAAAUACUGACUUGUUAGAAGUUAGAUGUUCUGGUAAAAUCUGAAAAUAGUAAAGGCACAGAAAAGUUCUAAAUUUUCUAUUCUCAUUUCUAUUUUGUUUUACUUUUUAGAAUACUAGAAGGACACUUGAACUUGAUUUAAAAAGUGACUAAAAUAUGGUGCAUAUUUCGCUCCUGCCAAAAAAGAAUGCAAAAUAUAAUUGCUGUAACCCAACUCUGUUGUAAAGUAAAUUUUCCUGUAGCUUUCAAAUAGGCACUUGUGUUUCCAGAAAUGUGUCCGUUUAUAACUAGCUAGGUCUGAACUAGAAUAUGCAGUCUAAAAGGUUGAGGUAAUGAGGGCCAGAUGAAAAUUGUUUAAUGGGGAAACAGAUGUUUGUGAAUAGUAAGGCAUAGCAAGUUUUUAAAGUGAGCAUCAAGUCCUUCCAAAAUACAGUAUAGUUGCCUUUGGAAAAAUGUUAGGCUAUGACUUGAAACCCAAAAGAUGUUUACUUAACAUAGGAAGAUACCUUUCUUUGAACUUCCUGAUGUUCUCCACAUGUCCCAAAGGGUCUCUUUGUAGUUCAAGUGACCCUCCUGAAAGUUACUGGAAGGAAGGAAAGGGCAGAAAGCCUCAUUCUGGGGUGUCCUAAAAUUAACCUGUUUUAGGAAUCCAGUCAUAUUUUCUCCAGAUGCCUGUGCCUUCUAUAUCUGGGUUACAAAAAACCAAUAUGUUUGCUAAAUGACACUGGAAAAACAGGAAAACAAAUGUCUUUAUCUUCUAAUUAUUUCUGGAUUUUUGUGGAAAGAUAAAUCUGGUUCUGUUGUCAAAGUAGUGAAUCGUUGCUUUUGUGUGUGUGUGUGUUUUGUUUUUUCAAAAAAUAUACUGUCUUUUUGACCAAUAUGAACUUGACAGAAUUUUUAAAAAUAAAAAUAAAGAAGGUAUUCUUAAAAAAAAAAAAAGGCAAUAUAGUGCAUUCAUAAUCAGAAGAAGGCAAUCUGCAAAACAUGUCCAUAUUGUAGCAUCUGGAUUCUAAGUACCAGAUGCAGUAUCUUGCCAUGUAUUUUCUGGGUUAACCUUCAAAGUACUAUGUUAUAAAGUAUUUUUUUUC